AUGGAGGUGCUGCGGGGGAUUCUGAAGGAGGAGGGUCAACAGUCAGAGGUCAUGGGUCAUGUUGGAACCAAUGCCACAGGACGAAAGAGAAGUGAGAACAGAUACUGGAUCCAACACAGUCAGAACAGAUACCGGAUCAACCACAAUCAGAACAGAUACAGGAUCAACCACAGUCAGAACGGAUACCGGAUCAAACACAGUCAGAACGGAUACCGGAUCAAACACAGUCAGAGCGGAUACCGGAUCAAACACAAUCAGAACGGAUACCGGAUCAAAGACAAUCAGAACAGAUACUGGAUCAAACACAGUCAGAACAGAUACAGGAUCAACCACAGUCAGAACGGAUACCGGAUCAAACACAGUCAGAACGGAUACCGGAUCAAACACAGUCAGAACAGAUACCGGAUUAAACACAGUCAGAACGGAUACCGGAUCAAACACAGUCAGAACAGAUACCGGAUCAAACACAGUCAGAGCAGAUACCAAAUCAAACACAGUCAGAGCAGAUACCAGAUCAAACACAAUCAGAACAGAUACCGGAUCAACCACAGUCAGAACGGAUACCGGAUCAAACACAGUCAGAGCAGAUACCGGAUCAAACACAGUCAGAACAGAUACUGGAUCAAACAGAAUCAGAACAGAUACCGGAUCAAACACAGUCAGAGCAGAUACCGGAUCAAACACAGUCAGAACGGAUACCGGAUCAAACACAGUCAGAACAGAUACCGGAUCAAACACAGUCAGAGCGGAUACCGGAUCAAACACAGUCAGAACAGAUACCGGAUCAAACACAAUCAGAACAGAUACCGGAUCAAACACGGUCAGAACGGAUACCGGAUCAAACACAGUCAGAACAGAUGCCGGAUCAAACACAGUCAGAACGGAUACCGGAUCAAACACAAUCAGAACAGAUACCGGAUCAAACACAGUCAGAACAGAUACAGGAUCAAACACAGUCAGAGCGGAUACCGGAUCAAACACAGUCAGAACAGAUACCGGAUCAAACACAAUCAGAACAGAUACCGGAUCAAACACGGUCAGAACGGAUACCGGAUCAAACACAGUCAGAACAGAUGCCGGAUCAAACACAGUCAGAACGGAUACCGGAUCAAACACAAUCAGAACAGAUACCGGAUCAAACACAGUCAGAACAGAUACAGGAUCAAACACAAUCAGAACAGAUACCGGAUCAAACACAGUCAGAACGGAUACCGGAUCAAACAGAAUCAGAACAGAUACCGGAUCAAACACAGUCAGAGCAGAUACCGGAUCAAACACAGUCAGAACAGAUACCGGAUCAAACACAAUCAGAACAGAUACCGGAUCAAACAGAAUCAGAACAGAUACCGGAUCAAACACAAUCAGAACAGAUACCGGAUCAAACACGGUCAGAACGGAUACCGGAUCAAACAGAAUCAGAACAGAUACCGGAUCAAACACAAUCAGAACAGAUACCGGAUCAAACACAGUCAGAACAGAUACCGGAUCAAACACAAUCAGAACAGAUACCGGAUCAAACAGAAUCAGAACAGAUACCGGAUCAAACACAAUCAGAACAGAUACCGGAUCAAACAGAAUCAGAACAGAUACCGGAUCAAACACAAUCAGAACGGAUACCGGGUCAAACACAGUCAGAACGGAUACCGGGUCAAACACAGUCAGAACGGAUACCGGGUCAAACACAGUCAGAGCAGAUACCGGAUCAAACACAGUCAGAACAGAUACCGGAUCAAACACAGUCAGAACGGAUACCGGGUCAAACACAGUCAGAACGGAUACCGGAUCAAACACAGUCAGAGCGGAUACCGGAUCAAACACAGUCAGAACGGAUACCGGGUCAAACACAGUCAGAACGGAUACCGGAUCAAACACAGUCAGAACGGAUACCGGGUCAAACACAGUCAGAGCGGAUACCGGAUCAAACACAGUCAGAACAGAUACCGGAUCAAACACAAUCAGAAGGGAUACCGGAUCAAACACAAUCAGAACGGAUACCGGAUCAAACACAGUCAGAGCGGAUACCGGACCAAACACAGUCAGAACAGAUACCGGGUCAAACACAGUCAGAACAGAUACCGGAUCAAACACAGUCAGAACAGAUACAGGAUCAAACACAAUCAGAACAGAUACCGGAUCAAACACGGUCAGAACGGAUACCGGAUCAAACACAAUCAGAACAGAUACCGGAUCAAACACGGUCAGAACGGAUACCGGAUCAAACACAGUCAGAACGGAUACCGGAUCAAACACAAUCAGAACGGAUACCGGAUCAAACAGAAUCAGAACGGAUACCGGAUCAAACACAAUCAGAACAGAUACCGGAUCAAACACAGUCAGAACUGA